UGACUAAAAUAAUACUUUUAAUAAAUAUACCUGUUUAUUAAAUCUGUUUUGUUUAAAUGCAACAAAAUACAUUGCUAUAUUCACUGAGAGAUAAAGAAACAUACUCAUUUUCAAAAUGGGGUGUACUCAGUUAUGCUUAGCACUGUACAUGCUGCAUAAUAACAAGUGAAAAUGGUCGUGGCGUUGUUACACAAAAUUUGAGCACACUGAUCAAAAAACUUAAAAGUUUAAAUUCAUUAUUAAGUAUUUAUAACUCAAGUAAGUUUUAACUUUGUAAAGAAAUGUGAGGAAUUGGGUUUUGCUUUUACUAUGACUCAUAUUAAGUGUAGGUAUAAGAUGUAGAUAUUAUUACUGUGUUUUGUUUAUGCGUAUGCAGUUUUUUAUUCAUAAGAAUUCAAGUGCAUUGGCUCACGCCGCGAUCCGUGUUUAACAUUCUUGGAAAGAGGAAAAGGCGCUUAAAUAGAGGGGAAACAUGUCCAACAGGACAGCGAAAGCUAUGGUUGUUCAUGUCAGAUACACAUCCUAACAGCAAUAUACUUCUAAAAGAGUAAAAUGACAAUGGAAUGACAGAAGAAAAGAAAAGAAAAGCACUUCCUCGUCUGUUCACUUUUUCUUCCUUCACUUCCUUACUCCCCCCGUCGCUCUCUCCCUCUCUCUCUCCGUCUUUCUCGCGCUCCCAUUUAGUUCGGAGAAAACAUGAAGGAAAAGAGGAGCAAAUUCCAGCGGGGACCAAAGCCAAGUGAAAGUUUCUCCUGAGCUGGGAUCUCAUCAUUACUGAGCGGAUGGACGGACAGGAAGGAAAAUAUCAAUUCAAGUCCUUGCCGUGAUAAGCGCUUAGAUGAACAAACAAUCGCCAAAGUCUUAAAGUGCGCCCGCUCGUGAAUGUGUGACAGUCGCGUCCGCGUGUGUUGACCCAGGCGGACUCGAGGCGUUGGGUCAAGCUCUGGUUCCGUUGUUACACUGAAGGUCAGAAACUUCCAACCGAGAAGCUGAGGCGUCGCCACCCGUCGAUUCAGCAGCCAUGGCCGGGGCGAAACCGGGAGUUCACGCGUUGCAGCUCAAACCGGUGUCUGUCAAUGAGGUCCUCAAACGGGGGAGCAAGUUUAUCAAAUGGGACGAGGAGGCCAACAGCACACCCAGCCUGAUCACCCUCAGAGUGGACCCAAAUGGAUUCUUUCUUUACUGGACUGGAGGAACCAGCAUGGAAGCGGAAAUCCUGGACAUGAGUCAUAUCAGGGACACCAGGACAGGGAAGUUUGCUAAGACGCCAAAGGACCAACGUAUUCGUGAAAUGUUGUUUUCGGGCAAAGCAGAUGGGAACUCUGACUCAAGGCUGCUAACGGUCGUCUACGGCAACGACCUGGUCAACAUCUCUUUCCUCAACUUCCAAGCUGUGCAGGAUGGCUAUUGCAAGUUGUGGACGGAUGAACUGUUUAAACUUGCCACAAAUAUGCUGUCCCAGAAUGCUUCCCGCAACACCUUCUUACUCAAAGCUUACACAAAGCUAAAGUUGCAGGUAACUCAGGAUGGGAAAAUCCCAGUAAAGAACAUCCUAAAAAUGUUCUCGGAUAAGAAACGUGUGGAGAUGGCGCUGGAGCACUGCGGUCUUAUCUUUAACAGGGUGGACGGUAUAAAACCAGAUGACUUCACCUGGGAAAUGUUCCAGAACUUUUUAAACAAACUAAGUCCCAGACCAGAGGUGGAGCGAAUUUUUGUAGAUCUAGGGUCUAAAGGGAAGCCCUUCUUGUCCUUGGAUCAGUUGAUGGACUUCAUAAAUCGCAAACAGAGGGAUUCACGACUAAAUGAGGUUCUUUACCCUCCACUCAAACGAGAUCAGGUCCGCCAGCUCAUGGAGAAAUAUGAGACCAACACCAGCCAGCUGGAGAGAGAUCAGAUCUCCCUGAUGAGCUUCACAAAGUAUCUUGGCGGAGAGGAAAACACUGUGGUUCCCCCUGAGAGGCUGGACAUUAUCGAUGAUAUGAACCAGCCGCUGUCCCACUAUUUCAUCAACUCAUCACACAACACAUACCUUACGGUGGGGCAGCUGACAGGCCUGUCUUCAGUUGAGAUGUACAGACAGGUGUUGCUGACAGGAUGCCGCUGUAUAGAGCUGGAUUGUUGGAAGGGCCGCCCACCUGAAGAAGAGCCAAUCAUCACUCAUGGUUUCACCAUGACAACUGAGAUCCCAUUCAAGGAUGUGAUUGAAGCCAUUGCUGAAAGUGCUUUCAAGACGUCACCUUACCCUCUCAUCCUGUCCUUUGAGAACCACGUGGACUCAGCAAAGCAGCAGGCUAAAAUGGCUGAAUAUUGUCGCUCAAUGUUUGGGGAUGCGCUGCUCAUUGACCCACUGGACAAAUAUCCGCUGGUUCCUGGUCAACAACUCCCAAGCCCCCAGGAGCUGUUGGGGAAGAUCUUGAUCAAGAACAAGAAGAAACAUCACCACAGGGCCUCUAACGGUGGGAGCAUCCGACGCAAGGAUGGGACAGAUGAACAGUCUUCACCUUUGAAUGAUUGUCCAUUGUCUGAUGGGGAUGUGGGCCAGCUCAUGUCCAAUGGGGGUGAGAAGCUUGCAGAGAGGAUGGCCAAAGACCAUGAUAACAGCAAAUCUAUUGAUCGGGGAGAUGGUGAGAGUGAUGAGGAGGAGGAAGAGGAACCCAUUCCAGAUCCAAAGAAACACAACAACACUGAUGAGGGUACUGCAUAUAGUGAGGUGAAUGCCACAGAGGAGAUGUCCACAUUGGUCAACUACAUAGAACCAGUCAAAUUCAAGUCUUUUGAGGUGGCAGCCAAGAGGAAAAAGUUCUUUGAGAUGUCAUCUUUUGUGGAGACCAAAGGCAUGGACACAUUGAAAAAUUCUCCCACCGAGUUUGUUGAAUAUAAUAAAAAGCAAAUGAGUCGCAUUUACCCCAAAGGGACUCGUGUGGACUCCAGCAACUAUAUGCCACAGCUUUUCUGGAACGUGGGCUGCCAGAUGGUGGCACUAAACUUCCAAACCCUUGACCUGGCGAUGCAGCUGAACAUGGGGGUGUUUGAAUACAAUGGCCGCUGUGGCUAUCUGCUGAAACCGGAGUUCAUGAGACGCACUGACAAACACUUUGACCCCUUUACUACAGACAUUGUGGAUGGCAUUGUAGCCAAUACAGUUAAAGUCAAGAUCAUCUCAGGCCAGUUUCUAAAUGAUAAGAAGGUUGGUGUUUAUGUGGAGGUGGACAUGUUUGGGCUUCCUGCAGACACUAAAAGGAAAUAUCGAACAAAAACUUCAAACAACAACUCUCUGGACCCAGUCUGGGAUGAUGAAACCUUUGUGUUCAAUAAGGUGGUGUUACCUACGCUAGCAUCUCUGAGAGUGGCGGUAUAUGAAGAAAACGGAAAGUUUAUUGGUCAUCGUAUCUUGCCAGUGUCAGCGUUGCGCCCAGGAUAUCACUACAUCUGUCUAAAGAAUGAACUGAACCAACCACUCAUGCUGCCUUCCCUGCUUGUGUACACUGAGGUACAGGACUACAUUCCCAACGAGCACCAAGAAUAUGCAGAGGCUCUAACAAACCCCAUCAAGCAUCUCUCUCUGCUGGCCCAGAGAGAAAGUCAGCUAUUAGCACUUAUGGAGGAUCCCACUGAGGGUGGGCCUACAAAACAGGAGGAAGGAGACGGGACUGACUCUAGCUGCGUGACCUCUGCUGACCCUAUCUUCCCUCUGCCCUCAUCUCCAACACUUCCUAGUGUACCAACUGACUUGAACCCUCCUCCAUCAGGCCAAAAAGAAGAUCUAGUCAACAAUGUCCUUAAAGUAAUCGAGCCUGAGUCUGUUGAUGAGCUUAAACAACACAAUUCCUACCUGAAGCUGCUGAAGAAGCAAUGCAAGGAAUUUAAGGAGCUGAGCAAGAAACAUCUCAAAAAGAUGUUGGCCCUCAGUAAGGAACAAAAGACUCUCUUUAAUCAGCAGAGCUCGGAACUACAGAGGAAACGCAGUCAGAUUGAGAAGCGUAUACGCACAAGUCUAAAGAAAAAUGGAUCAGAAGAUUCUGUGCAUAGGGAAUUAAAUGAGCUGGAUCUGGAACUACAGAAACAAAUGGAGCAGUUCAGAGAGGAGCACAUGCAAAAGCUUCUUGUACUCAGACAAGGACAGCUUCAGAUGGAGAAAGAAGUGAAACAGUUCCACCUCAAAGAGGCCAAUCAGAAACUGAAGGAUAUUGCCAUCGAAUGCCAAGCAGCCCAGAUCAAGAAACUCAAAGAUGUGUGUGACAAAGAGAAAAAGGAGUUGCAGAAGAUGCUGGAUAGAAAGAGGCUAAACAGCAUAGUUGAGGCCAGAAAAGCAGAAAAGGAGAUCAGAGAUGUGAACGAGAUCAAUAGAAAACAUAUCCAAGAGUCGGUCAGCUUAAUCCGUCAGCUGGAAGUAUCUCAGGGGAAGCGUCAGGAGAAGUUGAAAGCCCUUCAUAAGGACAUCCUUCAGAAAAUCGAGGAGGAAAUUCCUAUGAAUCAGGCCCGUUUGACCCGUGACUUCGAGGCAGAGCUAAAGCGUUUGCCAGAGGAGAUUUCUCAAUAUCUGCAGGAGCUUGAGAGCAAAGGCUCUCGGAAAGACAGCUUGAUGGGUCAGACCAAUGACGGCCCAAACUCUGGCCCCCCAUCCAACUGCAGCACACCACCUUACUCCUCCCCCAACCACAGCUGGAGCAACAUAGCCAAUGUUUCAUCCUUACUGCUGGACUCCUCCACCUCAAGCUCUUCAGCCAAGUCCGAGACAGACACUACAGGAGUCUACUAAUGAUACUACACUCCUUUUGCUUGUUUUCUCCAUCAGUCUCUUCAAAUCGAUUUCUAUUCUCUGUGGAUUGUAAGAAUAGGUAUAGUAUUACUAGAAGUUGUACGUAUUUUUUGAGAAUUUUUAUUUGGUUCUUGUUUUUUCUAAACCUGCAUACACUUUGCUACGGUGUGUGCCUGAAUCAAAACUGGCACCUUUUUACUUUCCUGUUUUAAUCCUGAAACACAAGUGGAUUUUAUCUAGCUUUAAUGAUACGAGCUCUUGUACAUACUUACUCAUGUGUGUAAGACUUCUGUGGAAACCAGAGGGACGAGGUUCUGUAUUUAUUUCUGUUGUAUAUUGUGUCAUUUGCAGCUUUACAUGUAUUGCCUCGAGAUGUCCUGAAGGGGGCAGUGUAAAUUGGCAGUAAUGAUAUCUGAGGCACUAGUGCUAGGCUAACGCUUAAUCCGAAUGGUACGUGUUUACAUAAUGCACAGAUGGACUAUUGCUUACCCAUAGCUAAACAACACUUUAUUUCAUUUUUUCUUGGGAAUGUUUAUUGGGUAUGGAGUAUGGUGUAAAGAAAAUGUGGACGAUUUCUUAUCAUUAGGGUGCAUCAGUUUGUCAUUGGGGUGGUACCUUUGAACAAGGGACAACUGAAGCGGGUACUUUACCAGGGGAAGACUGUUGGAUCCCUAAAGGUACUUUUACACAUUUUUAGUGUACAUUUUGUUGUGUUUGUGUGUCCUAUGACACUUUAAGUGCCUCACAUCUCUCUCACCGACAUCAUUCUUUUUUAAAAAUCCUGUAAUCCCUCUCCCUCCCUCUCUCUCUCUCCCCUGUAUCUCCCCCAUAUCUGUUCCUCAAUCGGUUGGCUUAAUCUACUCUAAUCCCAGUUCUCUGUAAUUGGCGGUGAGCCCACAUGUCACACUGAAAUCCAGUGAUGUCCAGGAAACUUCAAGCGCCUUUUAUUUUUGGCCAAACCCUGUUGAAUCCGCUCACAGCCUGAGUGCAGUUUCAUGUCAAAUCCCAUCUGCAGCAGUCAAAUCCUCCACUUGACUUCAUCGAGAUCUUUUCAGAGUCAUGACACAUUGCAUCAUUUCAAAAGCCAGCAUAUGAGCAUGCAAUUUGUUUGUCAGUGUGAGAUUGAAGCAAGACUUUUGCAGCUUAGCUCUGAUCACCGCAAUCCAGGGCUUUUUUUUUAAUCUGUUAGAAUGCAUGAUGUUGGAUUUUGCUUUCUCUUACUGUAAUCUGCUGAUCUGUUCCCCCAUCACUUCCUGUUUACUUUCUCACAUUUGCUCAGUUUUUAAGUUUUAUGUCCGUUUGUGUCUUUUCCCUUCCCAUCCCCCCCCCCCCCCCCCCCCACUCUGUAAGUGUCUCUCAGAGCUCCAUGGUUUGAAAUGAAGGCAGUUGGAUUUGUAUUGUGCAUUCAGUGUGAGCAUCUAGCAUGCAGCAGUCCCACUAUAAUACCAGAGCAGCAGAUGGGCAUUGUGCUUUAUGAUCUUUAUCAAAGCACAAUUAUUACAGCACUUAUGACUAUUAAACAAUUACAUUUGCUGAUUGAGUAACUUAAUACGCAACAAGGGCAAGAUGUGGAUAGAAAGGUUUCCCUGUAAAAAAAAGUGUGCGCACACUGGUUUGAUGGUUUACAAGGACAGAAAUUUGUAUUAUGACCUAUACCUGGGACUAUAUUGAGGUGGUUUAUGAAGACAUGAUGUGUUCUUGUAAUUCAAAAUUCUUAAAAUAUCAUACACAACAGGUUUUUUUUGACAUUCAAAGUUUCAAACGUCUUCCUUUGCGGGUUGGUUUUAGGAGUAGGGACACACAAUAAGCAGUUUCCUACACCAUAAAAUCCAUUACAACUAUGGAGAGUCCUUGAAAACCACUGAUACCAACAUGCGUGUGUGUGAGAGAUGUAAGUGCUGAAUGUGAGAAUGAAAACCUGAUUAUAGAUUUUAGAAGGCAAGAAAAGGGCUGAUGUGAGAUGGACAUCACCAUCUUUCACUUUUCAAAACAAGCAUUUAGGGUUCGCAUGUUAAGUCAAUAGCUUUUAUAUACUCAUGUGAACCGGGAUUAAUGGUACUUGCAUGUAAACAUUUUUACUGUCUCAUGUCUCAUUAUCUUUAGUGAGGAGCAUUAGCGAUGUACAUACUACCAGGAAAUAAUAAUGCACGUAUGUCAGUGAAACGUUUAUAUAUCGAUCUUCAUCAAGUUCAUUCCAUUUUAAAGGUAAAUGAAAUUACUACUGACUAAAGGAGGAAUUGAGGGUGACUUCUGUCUUUUUUAUAUUGGUCUAGUGGUUAAACUGCGCGCACACUCUCAUUCUAAACAACAUGUAUCUGUCUUCAUCUGCCUGUUUGAAUUUGUGCGUGCGUGCGUGCGUGUGUGUGUGUGAGAAAAUGAGGUACAAGUAUUUUAUUUUUAUUUUUAAAAAUAUUGAGAAGCAGAUUUUAUGGGUUGUAUUGCUCUUUCAGACACUUUAUAAAUGUCAUGUUAUUUACAGUAGCAUGAUUCUGUAUUGUGCCUGUGUAAACCACAUUAUCACUUUCUAUAAAGUUUCAAAAACAACUAUUAUUUUUUUUGGAAAUCUAGUGAUUUAGAUAACCACUUUUUAGUGUCUUAAAUUGGGACAAAAUUCAGGUCGUUUUUUUUUUUUUUUUUUUUUUUUUUUUGAUAAUUGUUGGUACAUUUUUUUUUUUUUCAAAAGUAGACAUUAGCAUGAUAUUUUAAUUGUGUAAUCAGUCAUCCUCAGGGUAGGAGGAUGGGCCCAAAUGGGCCCAGAAUAAGAGAUAUUUUGUGAUGCUGGUGUGUGUUGUGAAGUCUAUGAGGACUGCAGAGAGACUUUAAGGGACAAAACAUGCUUACCCAAGGGCUAACUUCUGCUCAGCCUCAGUUACAGCUUUAACCAAGUACAUAUCUCAUUCUCUCCCUGUGUUUGUCUUUUUAUCAUUCUUCUAUAACACUUUUUUUUGGUAACACUGUAUGUAGAUAAUACUGGUCUGCCAUGUAUAAAGGGAAGAUUAUUACUCUGGAUGUAAUUUUAUUGUCUCGAUAAAUAAUAUAACUGUACAUUAAAUACAGAACAUUGCGUAAAAUG